AUGGAAACGAAAGAGAGUUGCAGGGAGCAGGACCCUGACGUGGUGUGUGGACAGGAAGAAGCACAAACCCCUGAAGCCACAUGUGGGGAAGAAGCGACAGAAACACAAGAGGCGCCCGAGGCUACAGAAAUGAAAGGAGAGGAACAACAGGACGACAAUCCUUCGUGUGAAAAUGAGGAAGCACAAAACGCCGGUGCUCCCCCUGAUGAAGAGGAGGGAGACGUAACCGAACCCCCGGAUGCAGCAGCCGGGUCCCAUACGUCACAGGAAGCUGGAGUGAACUCCGUUACUGCUGAAGGGGGUUCCGCUUGCACUUCCCCAAAGGGCGUAAGUGUUACGGCACCUUCACCUACUGAAGACAAUUUUCCGGAUCGACAACCACAAAUUCGACGGCGGUUGUCAUGUGCAGGGCUGCGAAUCGGGGAACACUCGCGUCAGGUCGAUGAGGAAUACGGUUAUCCUCCGUCACAUUAUCACACACUUACUGUGAAUUGCGGUGGUGCCAACGGGGAUGGCGAUAAUAUUAACUGUGGGCAACCCUUUGCUCCCAUGGCGAGGGGAGUGGGACUUGUUGAUCUUCCGUCCAUGUAUGCGAAAAAAGAUAACGCUAAUGGAGAUGCCGUUCUCCCAGCCGCCUCACUGUUUGCGCAUGGAAGCCCGGGGGAGGAAUGGGAAUCCACCUUCACCGUUAAGAUGGGUUUACAUGCCAAUGAUGAUGACUGA